AUGCCCCAUAAUAUUUCAACACCGAUAGACGAAGAUGCUGAUUGGACAGUGCUCUACGUCAGUUUCUCGAUAAUUUUCAUCACCGGCUUCACCGUCACCGCCAUUCUUCUUCUAUGGUGUAAGAAAUUGCUCUGCUUUUCAAAGCGGCAAAUGUUCUGUCCAAUUAUCGACAUGGAUAAACAGGAAGACCUUUAUCCGCCAUUAUCAGAAGAUCUUAUUGUACUGGUGACCGGAUCUUUGACAUUCGGCACGAAUGAAGAAAAAUUCGAUUCGUGGAUAAAACUGAUGAGAAUGGUGAUGGAGGAAAAACGGAGGGAGAAGAGAAAAUAUCCGUUUCGAAAGUUGCCACCGAGAAAGUAUCGUAACUAUAGCAUCCCAUUGAAUCCAUUGACGUCACUUCAAAUAAUUCAUGGAAAUAGAAUACGGUCGAGAGAUAAUACGGUGUUCUAUGCAACACAGAUGCCAAUGGAAAAAUCCGAACACUUCGAUGAAACCCGUAUCGAUUUUCUCAAUUUGAUAUGGAAAGAUGAAAUAGAAGUGGUGGUUAUGUUGGGUCCGACUCGACCGUAUGAUGGCAAGGAGUUUGUUCAAUUGGAUGGAAUGUACUUUUGUGAGGGUGCGAAGGGGAAGAUGACAAUCGGAUCAUAUGAAGUGGAGACGUUGAAGGAGAUGCCAUUCCUGGUGGAUGGGAAGAAUAAUAAUGAUGUUUUGAUGAGAACAAUCCGGAUUACGGAUAAGAAGAAAAAGAAGAAUAACUUUCGGGAGAUCACUCAUUUCCAAUAUGUCUCGUGGAAUGAUAAGGAUAAGCCAAUAAUCGUUCACUGCGUAGAAGGUGUCGGUCGGACGAUGGCAUUCAUAGGGCUCGACUACAUUCCAAGUCAUUUGGAGAUUCAUGAUGAGUGGAAAUUUGAGGACGGCUUCAAGAAAUUGAUCGAAAAGCGGUAUAAAUCAUUUCAAAACGCUCAACAAAUCGGAUGGUUAGAAGUGGGUGUUGUCUAUUUCCUCACCAAAAAGUAUGAGCUCGAGAUGGCUAUGUUCGAUGCUAUCAACACAAAAUACUCGACGAUUUGUGCAAAGGGAAUAACUGAAGUUGGAGGUGUACGGUGGAGAUAA